AUGGCGCGCGCGUCGCCCGCGCGGUGGACCCCGCGCGCGCGCGAACGGGCGACGACGGCGCGGGCGUCGACGCUCGCGACGCGCGCGUCGAGGACGCCGCGCCUCGCGCGGGCGAGCGGUGCGUCGAACGACGACGAUGCCGAUGAAAAAGCGUCGGACGCCGCGCGCGCGGCGCGAGGCGUCGACGCCUCGAUCGAGGCGCUGCGCUCGAGCGCGGUGGCGCGCGUGGAAGAGAUGUUGACCGCGGAUGAUGGGGUGCGGCGAGAGCUCGAGCGGGCGAAGGCGGCGGCGAAAGAGGUGGCGGCGCGGGAGGUGGACAAGGCGGCGGAGACGGAACGCAAGCGGGUGGAGGAGGCGUACGAGAAGACGCGAGGGAUGGCGUCGAACGUGCAAUCGCGAGCGGUGAUGGCGGCGGAGGAGGCGGUGGCGCUCAAGGCGAGCGCGGUGGCGGCGGCGGAGGCGAAGAUGAAGGCGGCGGAGGAGGCGCGAGAGGCGCUGCGACGGGAACUCGAACGCGAGGACGCGAGCGGGGGGAAGUGGGCGGAUGCCUCGGUGAACGAGGAGGCGGAGAAGAUGGAGAGCGCGAAGGCGGCGGUAGUCGCGGGGGCGGGCGGGACGCUGUUGGCGACCCCAUUGGCGUUGUCGCAAGGCGGAGGAUUGGUGUCUCUGGGCGUCGUCGCGGCUUCGUGCGCCGUCUUCGGAGUGACGUAUCGCUACGCCGUUCGUCGCGAUCUGGGGAACAACGAGCUCAAGGGUGGGGUCGUGGGCGCUUUCGGGCUCGCAAGAGGCUUGAGCGCGGCAGACGUAUACCUGCGCGCGGCGGCGGUGAACGGAGACGCGGAUUUCGCGGCGUACGCGCAGGCGGCGCUGUUGGCGGGCCAGGGCGUUCUCACGUACGCCUUCGCCGCGGUUGCGCUCGAGCAAGCGUUCGCGCGAGGUUUUCUCAAACCGUUCGGCACCGCUUCGGAAGAGACCGAGCGUUGA